CUGGAUUUAUUUUUAGGCUCCAAUGAAGAGCAUGAUGCGAAGAAACUGGAACGAUUUCUCGAAGAUUGUUUCAGUAAUGGAGUGGCCGUGGAUGGUGUACAGGCUCAAUCAUCUGCCGAAUCGUCGGCGAUGUGGCGCCUAAGAGAAAGUGCACCAUUGGCAGUUAGCGCCGACGGUUUUGCCUACAAAAAUGACGUUUCGCUUCCACUGGAACAUUUUUAUCAAUUAACAGAAGAGAUCAGGGCACGGUGCGCGAAACUUGCCAAGAAUAUUGUAACUUACGGCCAUCUUGGUGAUGGCAAUAGUCAUCUAAAUGUUACGUCGGAAGGGUACAGUCAGGAGCUGUAUGACAGUCUUUAUCCAUUCCUCUAUGAAUGGGUGAUAGCUCAUGGCGGCUCGAUAUCGGCCGAACAUGGUAUCGGACAACUAAAACUGCCGUAUUCUUCGUUAGGAAAGUCAGCAGCGGAAAGGGAUCUUGUGUGGAAAAUUAAAGCAAUAUUUGAUCCAAGUGGAAUUCUGAAUCCAUAUAAAACCUUUUGA